AUGUUCACUCGACAACAGCCUCACUCAUCUUUGCAUGUGACCCCUAACGUUCUCCCAAGCGGAAAUCAAAGCCUCAUGAUGAUGAAUAGAAGCUCAUCAUCGCCCCAAAUGAACCUUAAUCAUCCUUACUUGCAAAGAGUGCAACAAGGAACGCAUUUGGCUCAGAGAGGAAGAAUGAGCCCUCCUCAGCAAUCAAACCAUCCAACCGAUCCUCAACCAUUUUCUCCUCCACUCAACACUGUUUAUCAUCAAUCACCAAUUUUAAACGUUCAAGCACAUUCAAACAUCCAUCAAGGAAUGUCUCCUCAACAACUGUUGCACCAUCAAAGCCUUAAUCAAAAUUCUCACGGAGCUAACCCAACUUUGAAAUUUCUCAAUGAAGACUCGGUCGAUGAUUUGUAUUCACUACAAGAGCCUUCUCACAGUGAAACACUACAUUCACCUCGAUCUACCAGUCAAAACAUUGUACCUUCAUCGUCCUCCAACAUGACAAGCAGUAAUACAACCCCUCUAAACACCACGUUAAUUAAUCCAGAAAGAAUCAAUUCUCAACUCUCAUCGAAGGUGAGACACAUUCCGAGACAGGAUCCAUUCUUUCAUCAUCUUGAGUAUAGUGUCAAGUUGGCAAUCGGUGCAGUUUCAUGUUCAGUAUCAAGAGUGUACUGUUUGAGAGACGCCUCAGAGUACAACCAAUUUAAACAAUAUCAUCAACAGAACGCAAAUAGCUCGGGAGGAUUCCUUGAUGUUUGGCUCAAUCUAAAUGAUCUGUCUCAUAUGAGAUCCAACAAUACCUUAGAAACCAUCAUUGGCGACGGUUUUCAAAUUUCACAAAACGGCAUGAGAAUAAGUGUUGGAAGAAUCAAUCUAGAUCCCAAUACACAACAGUUGCAUGAAUCAUUGAUAGCCAAUCAUCCUUCAAACCGAGGAGGUAUCAAUAUUCCUGCCCAACAGCAAUAUCAACAACAGCUGAAUCAAGAGUCUCUAUUUCUGGGACAACACCAACAAUCAAAUUCUCGUCCUAGGGUAUAUCGAUUACUUCAUUGCCUGUUUAAUCCAGGAAGAUCUUUCUGUUUGAAUCGAGAGUUCAAUGAGGAGGUUAUUUCAAUCCCUCAAGGUUACGAUAGCGUAUACCUUCAACCAAGUGAGACCAAUCCUAAUUUCAAUCAUGAAUUCAUUGUCUUUGAUGCAAGACAGUUAUUUGCUGACUGUGUCCUCUUUGUCGAAUACGACCACAUGGGUGAUGAGAAAAUGUUAAAUCAGGUCAUGUACAAUGACAUGCUACGAAAUAGUGACAAGAUUAUUAGUAAGGCUUAUAAAAAGGCCUCAAACUAUGUCGAUCAGUCAUGUAAUCCACCUACAGACGAGAAAAUGCUAUUACCAGAAAUUUCGAAACAAAUUCAACAACGACAGCUUGUUUUGAUGGAGCUUGAAAAUAUAGAGAAGAGGCGUCUGGAGUUGUUAGCAAAUGCUGGCCAAAUGGAGGCACAUAUUCGAGAGCAGUUUAGAAAGUCCAUGACGUCACUACAUGACAUUACUCAAUUGAAACUAAGUACACUGUUGUCAAGAGAGACCGAAUUGAGACGAAAAAUGGAGGAAAUUGAAUGGAUGAAUACAUUCAUUGCGUAUCAGCGAACUUUGGAGUCUCCCUUGCAAUUCCUUGAAUCUACGGCACUUCACAAAAGGAAGCUCAAGGAGCGGCAAGAUGCUAUUGAUUAUUGUCUUAUUCAAGGAAAGAAUGUGUACGAUAUUCUCACAAUUCCUGACAUUACGGUGGAAGGAAAAAUGGAGGUUUUGUCGCAAACGGUUCCAUUGAACGGAAUGGCCUUUAGAACUCUUGCCAACAACAGUUACCACAGUAAUGGUGAGGCUGUGUCAGGCAAUGUCAUGAUGAAAUAA